GGAUGUUCUUUUAAAGAAUUAUUGAAGACGAAGUUUUUUUUUUGUUUUUGCUUUUUGUUUGUUUUUUAAUGGCUUUACAGAAUCUUAAAUAGAAUACAGUUUGACAUGACGGCAAAAAAUGUUGGUUUGACUUCCACAAAUGUAGAACUAAGAGAAUUUAUAGAUCAGAAUCUCAGUCCAACAAAAGGUAACAUUUCAUUUGUUGCAUUUCCAGUUUCCGGCACCAACUCACCAACAAAGAUUUUACCAAAAACCUUAGGACCAAUAAAUGUGAAUGUUGGACCCCAAAUGAUUAUAAGCACACCACAGAGACUAACCAGUUCAGGAAGUGUUCUGAUUGGGAGUCCAUAUACCCCUGCACCAGCAAUGGUUACUCAGACACACAUAGCAGAAGCUACUGGCUGGGUCCCCGGUGAUAGAAAACGGGCUAGAGAAUUUAUAGACUCUGAUUUUUCAGAAAGUAAACGAAGCAAAAAAGGAGAUAAAAAUGGAAAAGGCUUGAGACAUUUUUCAAUGAAAGUGUGUGAGAAAGUUCAGCGAAAAGGUACAACAUCAUAUAAUGAAGUAGCUGAUGAGCUGGUAUCAGAGUUCACCAAUUCAAAUAAUCAUUUGGCAGCUGAUUCGCAGGCUUAUGAUCAGAAGAACAUUAGGCGAAGAGUUUAUGAUGCUUUAAAUGUGCUAAUGGCAAUGAACAUAAUUUCAAAGGAAAAAAAGGAAAUCAAGUGGAUUGGCCUACCUACCAACUCUGCUCAGGAAUGUCAAAACCUGGAGAUAGAGAAGCAGAGGCGGAUAGAACGGAUAAAGCAGAAGCGGGCCCAGCUGCAAGAACUUCUCCUGCAGCAAAUCGCUUUCAAAAACCUGGUACAGAGAAAUCGACAAAAUGAACAGCAGAAUCAGGGUCCUCCAGCUCUGAACUCUACCAUUCAGCUGCCAUUUAUAAUCAUCAAUACAAGCAGAAGAACAGUCAUAGAUUGCAGCAUCUCCAGUGACAAGUUUGAAUAUCUCUUUAAUUUUGACAACGCUUUUGAGAUCCAUGAUGACAUAGAAGUACUAAAGCGGAUGGGAAUGUCCUUUGGCCUGGAGUCAGGCAAGUGUUCUCUGGAGGAUCUGAAACUUGCUAAAUCCCUGGUGCCAAAGGCUUUAGAAGGUUAUAUUACAGAUAUCUCCACAGGACCUUCUUGGUUAAAUCAGGGACUACUUCUGAACUCUACCCAAUCAGUUUCAAAUUUAGACCUGACCACUGGUGCCACCUUACCCCAAUCAAGUGUAAACCAAGGGUUAUGCUUGGAUGCUGAAGUGGCCUUAGCAACUGGGCAGUUCCUGGCCCCAAACAGUCACCAGUCCAGCAGUGCCGCCUCUCACUGCUCUGAGUCCCGAGGUGAGACCCCCUGUUCAUUCAACGAUGAAGACGAGGAAGAUGACGAGGAGGAUUCCUCCUCCCCAGAAUAAAGACAGGAGAAAGCCUACGUUUUAAUGUUUGAUGCUCAUGUGUGUUUUUAGUGUGAGCUCUUAUUUUUGAAAUGAUUGCUUCAGUCUUUG